UUUACUACCUGUUCAAUAACACUGAGACUCUUGGUAUUCCUCCAGGCCAUAUUACCUUAUUCCCAAGCCCUGGAGAAGUUUGCCCCACGCAUUCAACAGGCUAGCAUGGAAAGUAAUGGCAAGGGUGUCUCAAUUGAUGGGGUCCUACCUUUUGAGGCUGGUGAAAUUGACUUUGGUGAGCCAGGAACAAAUGGUCUGCACAGCUUCUACCAACUAAUUCACCAGGGACGUGUUAUUCCUUGUGAUUUUAUUGGUGUUGUGAAGAAUCAGCAACCUGUUUACCUGAAAGUGCCAAGGUCUGGGUUGGCGUGGAAGCACUCGAUUGAUGUGGGUGUGGGUGUGAUCGAUGCUGACUACAGGGGUCCAGAUGGGGUUAUACUGUUUAACCAUUCGGAUGUUGAUUUUGAGGUGAAAGUGGGUGAUGGAUUGCACAGUUGAUUAUUGAGAAGAUCGUGACACCUGAUGUGAUCGAGGUUGAGGAUUUGGACGCCAUGGUUAGAGGCGAGGGUGGGUUCGGGUCUACUGGCGUAC